UUAUUCACUGGGAAAGGGGCAGCUCCGUUGUUGUGGUAAUGGCCAAUUCAUGCGUGAAUCCAUUUUUGUACGCCUGGAGAUUAGAAACUUUCGAAAAGCUUUCAAGAGCAUUCUGACCUGCCGUGCAUCUGACCUGCCGUGCAUUCAAGGCCUAGGAGCGGCUGAGGUCCUACAAUUAUCAACAACUGUAAGUGCUAAUGGUCUCUUAAAGCAACUAUGAAGAAUGAUGCAGUCCAGUAGAUAUAUGAUAUAAAGUAGACAGUCGAAUUAAGACAAUUAACGUAAUAGCGUAACUUCUGCAAGACAAUUGAUAAAGGGAAUCUUGGUAGAACCCGUGACAGCCAUAAUCCUGUUAGGGUCAAUAUGGUCCAGUAUGAAUAAGGGCCUCACAGCUGUCGACAAUUAUUUUUCAUCAUGGACAACUAAAUGUUAACCCGGCAACUUAAAAACGUAGAGUUGUGAGAUGAAUUUUCGACAACUUAACUCUACUUUUUUAGUUCUCGGCAACUAAGUAGUUUCCCUUUUCGAGAAGGGACACUUCUUUAGUUUUAAUCAACUAUUAGCACUACGUCUUGACCGUUCUUCCCGUGUGGGGGAAUCAUUGGUUUAGUUGUCAACAACUAUCAAAACAUUACACACAUUUGAGCAUGCAUUGUGUCUUGAGCAUGCGUAUAGUGAAAGUCAUUCCCCAAGCUCUCGCUGGUCUGACUUAGCUAUCGACAACUAACUAUCGACAGCUAGCACUCCAUUGUGUGGAAUGCUCGCAUCGGACACAAUUAGUUGUCGAUAACAAAUAGUUGUCGACAACCAAGUAUCUAGUCUGUGAAGACCCUAAAACACGAGACAGUUGUUUUCGUGAAGGCUCCUGCGCGUGACUGAUUCGUGAUGUUUGCGUAGCGAUCAACAACGCAUGAUUUUAUUUAGCAUCUGUUUCAGAGAGAGGUUCGUAUUUCUUUGCAAAACGUUAUAUUUGGUUUAAUAUCUUAGCAAUGCCCUUCAAUUAAUUUAAUAAAUUACUUUAUUAUUGUUGGAAAGCUGUUUUUGUGAAACUGCAGAAGGCCAAGUACGCCUUAAAGGAAAUGCUAUCAGAACAAAAUAGCGAUUUUAAUACUUGAGUAUAAAAUCGAAAGUCAAAUAGAUAAGGAUUAUUUUGAAAAAAACUGGAUAUUUAGACCGAUCCAGUAAUUAAGUAAAUCCGGAGUAAAUACGAAAAUAUGUAAAAAAUAAUUUAGUUCGAUUCGCUUUUUCGUAAUCAAUUACAAAUAAAUAAAUUAAUUAAUUAAUCUAUUUGUUAACUCACUGUGUCUUUUGUUCUUGUUGCCUUUUUCUUUCGCUUUUUUCUUCGCUUGUUAUGUAACGUAGUCUACUGAUAUAAACUUGAAAGCUAAAUAUUAUUUUUUUUUCAGCCUAUUUUUACAAUGUAAUGUAACAUGUUGAACUGAAAAUAAAAUUGUAAUAGUAAAAAAAAAAAAGAAAAAAAAAAACCGUGGUAUUUAGGUCCCCUUAAAAAUACCCCAUGUCUUCUCAAGCCUAGUGUUCGUGCUUUUGAUCACAUUUCACGUGCAUGAUCUUUCACCUAUACUCUCGUAUUGAAAUGGUCCAGCCUCGCUCCCAGGGCUGUUCCCUGCAAAAGCCCUUGGAACGAGGUUGAAAAUGGUCGGCAAAGUGGAGAAAUGACUGAGAUGAAUAAAUAUGCGGGUAAAAAUUUAAAUAUUUGUGCUUUAUCUUUUUCUCAUGCUGCUAUGUACAGGUCCCUCAUGUUGUGUGGAAUAUGUCAGCUUGCUUACCGUGGCGUACCUUGGGUCUUUUGGUUUCGUUCCUCAGCCGCCGGCCACCUAUAUACGUAUCAUUCGGCAGGUUGUAGCUAUGGUUACACAAAUUCGACGAAUUCCCUUUGACUCGAAACAGAAAGUUUCUGAAAGGCAUUUUACUUAAUUGAGCUGAAACUGAGUGAGUUACUGCUUCUAAAUACUAAACUAUAUUACAGGUUAACGGUCCACUUGCUGUCUUCAGAUAGACAAGAGCAAAAAAUGUCUCUACUUGGAAAAUAUCCGUGCGACAACAUUACUGCCCCAACUUAUUUGUCCUUCUCCACGGCCUCAUCUUCAAUAUUGAUCACCAUCGUUGCAUCUGUUGGAAACUCUCUGGUGGUUCUUGCUGUGUUUCUGAAUCCAAACAAGGACUUGAGGACGCCGUUUCACUACUUUGUGGCCAAUCUUAGCAUUGCGGAUCUCAUCGUUGGACUUAUUACGAGUCCAAUGUCUACGGUAUAUCACAUCUUUGAAGGAGUUGGCAUGCUGAAACAGCGAUUUAAAGACGUAGUUCAUAUAACAUUCUUCAUUUCUUGGACUGCAUCCCUGCUUAGUCUAACAGCCCUGGCGCUCGAUCGCUAUCUCGCCAUCGCAUACCCUCUGAUGUACCGAGCCAAGCUUAACCCUGUCAGGGCGUUGUUGGUCUCGCUCAUGGUGUGGAUUGUGUCGAUUCUCCUUUCAAUGAUCUACUUCAUUGUGGGGUUCAACAUUUUUCGCUUUGUCUUUGCAAACACUGCUGUUGCUGUUACUUUGGCAGUACUGCUCUUUACGACCGCAAAAAUUUUCAAGUAUCUGCGAUUCCAAGUACAGCAAUGGGACGACUUGCACGACAGUACAGAAGAGAACUUAGUCAAGAAACAAGCGAUGAAAUGGGAGAAGAAAAUAACAAAAACCCUGGUCAUUGUACUGGUGUUAUUUCUAGCGUUUUAUCUGCCUGCAUGUAUUUGCAUAUACAUCAUAAACUUCUGCACAGAUUGCGGUUGCGUGUUUAUUCACUGGGUAAGAGACAUUCAGACUGUUCUAGUAAUGGCCAAUUCAGGCGUCAAUCCCUUUGUGUACGGCUGGAGAUUGGAAAAUUUUCGAAAGGCUUUUAAGAGCAUUCUGACUUGUCGCGCGUGCAUGGAGCGACUGAGGUCCUUUUCAGUUUUAAAUUUAACGCAUUUAAAUGUAUCGGCGACAGUAAGUACUGAUGCGCCCUCAAACAGCCCGGAAGGGCUAUGCAAUCCGGUAGAUAUCGAGGACAAAAAGUAGACAGAUUUAAACUAUAGGAAAGAAGUUAUUGCUAAAUAGAUCACAGAUGAGGAAGUGAAAAACGUAAACACGGAUUUAUUUAGAGUUUGUGUUCAGAGAAUCAUACCGGAAGACACAGCUACAGGACUGAUGGUUUACUUUUGAUAUGUUUAAACAAUGGUUAAGUUAAUUUGUCAUCUCAUUUUCAUGCAGAGGUAACAGCCUCAUUCCGCCAUUCAAACCAAACCUAGGACAUAUAGAACUGGUCUAGAUAGCAGCAGACAUGUAAAGAUUUUAAGGAAAACGACCAAUUCUUUAAGUUUAAAAGACAUGUUU